CGGCGACCCAAUCCUCUCAGAAAUUCCCUCUUCUUCUUCUACAGCUUUUUCCCUCUCAUUUGCAGAGAGUAAACCACCGUCCACAUCCUACAUUCCUACUCUUGACAGUCUUUCCGAAAGCAGCAGAGGACGCCAAACUCGUCUCCUUCCCCCAUCUUCACCAACAGCUUUCUUCUUCCUCCAGCCGGCGUUCCCACAAUUCUAGCAUAUGCAGAGUCAUGCAGGGCUUACCUUCGGUUUCGUACCCAACGCGACGUGUACACCUCCGUUCAGUGAAUGGACAACACGGUUCAGAGCAUGUACGGGUGUUCCAGUUUCAAAUGCUUCCAUAAUAUCGUCACAUUUCUAUGGUAGAGGGUUACUGUCUGGAAUUCAUAACAAGCAGCUCAAGAUGAGAAUCCAAAGAUUUUCUCAACAAGCUGUAACGGAGAGCACAUCAGGCGACAGUGUCAAUGGGAAAGAAGGCAAUGAUGUGUCUAGAGGAACACUGAUAUGGAGGGCAAUCAAAUUACCCAUUUAUUCUGUUGCUUUAGUUCCUCUCACGGUUGGUGCUGCUGCUGCUUAUUUGCAGACGGGCGUGUUUUCUGCGAAACGCUAUUUCACACUCUUGAUUUCUUCAGUCCUUAUUAUAACGUGGCUCAAUUUAAGCAACGAUGUAUAUGAUUUUGAUACAGGAGCAGACAAGAACAAGAAAGAAUCAGUUGUUAACUUGCUUGGAAGCCGUUCAGGAGCCUUCAUUGCAGCUUACUUUUGCCUCAUUAUCGGUUUCAUGGGAGUUACAUGGACGUCGGUGAGCUCAGGAAGCAUACGUGCAAACUUGUUAUUGACUUGGGCGAUUAUCUGUGGCUACAUAUAUCAGUGCCCUCCUUUCCGGUUAAGUUACCAAGGACUGGGUGAGCCCUUGUGCUUUGCAGCAUUCGGUCCAUUUGCCAGCACUGCUUUUUACUUAUUGCUGCGAGUGACAAGUGGGACGCACAAUUUUGAGUUAAUUGCAACAGUUCUCUCAGUAUCACUUCUCGUUGGAUUCACGACAACUCUAAUCCUUUUCUGUAGUCACUUUCACCAGAUCGAAGAAGAUAAAGCUGUUGACAAAAUAUCACCCUUGGUUAGACUGGGCACCAAAAGAGGUGCAAUACUAGUUAAAGGAGCAGUUGUGACUCUGUACUCUCUCUUGGUUGCUUUCGGCAUAAGUGGAGCUCUUCCUUUGACUUGCAUUCUUCUCUCCGCCCUGACCUUGCCAAUGGGGAUUAGGGUGGUCAGAUUUGUUGAAGAAAACCACAAUGACAAGGGUAAAAUUUUUAUGGCAAAAUAUUACUGCGUGAGACUCCAUGCCUUGCUCGGGGUGGCUCUGACAGCAGGCCUAGUGUUGGCUAGGACGGUUACGAAGGGAUAUGUGCCAAAGCAGAUAUUCUCCUGA